AUGCCAACCACUCGCUCCCAACGUGCUACCGCAGCAGUGGCUGCUGGUGCUGCUGCCACCAUGUUGAAGCUGAAUGUCGUGACCAGCGCCCCAGCACCGGUGGCGUCAGCUGCACCGACCAGCGCUGUCGGUGCAAGUGCCAGCGUGGUUGGUGCGGGUGCAGCGGCACUGGCAGCUGCAGCGACUGUUCGCCCAUCCAAGCGAUGUGCGAAGAAGGAGAAGGUCGUUCGUAUGGCCACAGCAACUGAAGUUGAUGUCGACACUGAGUGCAUCAACGCCAUCCGCUUCUUGGCAGUGGAUGCAGUGAACAAGGCCAACAGUGGCCACCCUGGUGCUCCUAUGGGUCAGGCACCUAUCGGAUACCUUCUCUUUGCAGAGGAGAUGCAGUACAAUCCUGAGGAUCCAAAGUGGGUGAAUCGUGACCGUUUUGUUCUUUCUUCUGGUCACGGUUGCAUGCUCCAGUACUCUUUGCUGCAUUUGGCUGGCUACAAGAGUGUCUCGAUCGAUGACAUCAAGCAGUUCCGACAGUGGGGCUCCAAGACUCCCGGUCACCCAGAGAACUUCGAGACCGAGGGCAUUGAAGUGACCACCGGACCCCUUGGCAUGGGUAUCUCCAAUGCGGUUGGCUUGGCGGCCGCUGAAGCCCACCUUGCAGCAGUUUACAACAAACCUGGCAUGGAGCUGAUCGACCACUACACCUACACCAUUGCAGGUGAUGGAUGCAUGCAGGAGGGCAUUUCUCACGAAGCUUGCGCAUAUGCUGGCCACUUGGGCCUGGGAAAGCUGAUUGUUCCCUGGCAGCAACAAGCUGCACAAGCCUCCAAAACUGCAGAAAAGGCUUUCUACGAUGACAACGGCAUCACCAUCGAUGGACACACCGAUCUCUCCUUCACUGAGGAUGUCGGCAAGCGCUUUGAGGGCUAUGGAUGGCAGGUGCUGGAAGUGCCUGAGGGCAACACCGAUGUGGAUGCCAUCCGCAAGGCCAUCAAGGAGGCCAAGGCUUGCACUGACAAGCCAACUUUGAUCAAGGUGAAGACCACUAUCGGCUUCGGCUCUCCCAACAAGGCUGACAGCCAUGAUGCCCAUGGUGCACCCCUCGGUGCAGAUGAGGCUGAGGCCACUCGCAAGCAGCUGGGCUGGAACUACGGAGAGUUCGAGGUGCCAGAGCAGGUGUAUGACACCUUCAGCAAGCACGCAAAGGCAGGUGCUGAGAAGCAGGCAGCCUGGGAGAAGGUGUGGAAGGAGUACCAGGAGAAGGAGCCUGAGCUCGCCGCGCAGUUCAAGCGCGCUGUGGUUGAUCGCAAGCUGCCUGAGAACUGGGAUGAUGCCCUGCCUAAGGUUACCCCAGAGGACAAGGGCAAGGCAACACGUCUCCACUCUCAGGACUGCCUCAACGCCAUUGCCAACGUGCUGCCUGAGUUCAUGGGUGGUUCCGCAGACUUGGCACCUUCCAACAUGACCCUGAUGAAGUGCACUGGUGACUUCUUGAAAGACAGCUAUGCCGAGCGCAACAUGCGCUUUGGCAUCCGCGAGUUCGGCAUGGGAGCAGUGGCCAAUGCGCUCUCUCUUGACAAGACAGGCAUGAUCCCUUACUGCGCCACUUUCACUAUCUUCACCGACUACAUGCGUGGCGCCAUUCGAAUUGCCGCACUCUCCCAGGCAGGCACCAUCUUCGUCGGAGAGGAUGGCCCCACCCAUCAGCCCAUUGAGACCAUUCCAUCUCUGCGUCUCAUCCCAGAUCUCACCGUGAUGCGCCCGGCUGAUGGCAAUGAGACCGCGGGUGCCUACAAGUAUGCUGUGGAGAGAUCGAAGAAUGAGUCUCGACCCACCAUGAUGGCGUUCUCCCGACAAGCCGUGCCCAAUCUGCCCAACUCCUCCGUUGAGAACACCCUGAAGGGUGCCUAUGAGGUGAUUGAGUGCGCUGAUCCUGAGAUCAUUCUGAUUGGCACCGGCUCGGAGGUUGGUCUCUGUGUGGAUGCUGCCGAGAAGCUGGACAAGAAGGUCCGCGUAGUGUCCAUGCCAUCGUGCGAAGUCUUCAGGGCACAGCCAGACAGCUACAAGUCUGAGUUGCUGCCGGCAGAUGUCCCCAAGAUGAGCGUCGAGGCCGCCUGCACUUCCGGCUGGGGUGAGUUCGCAGAUGCCUUCGUUGGCAUCGAUGUCUUCGGCGCCUCUGCGCCAGGUGGCACUUGCUUGGACAAGUUCGGCUUCAACGUCGACAACGUCACCAGCUGCGCAGAAAGGUGUCUCUCUGGCGAGAGAGGAGUGCUGUCCAACGGAAGCCAAGGAAAGCACUGA